AUGAAAGAACUCACCUCCACAGACGAGUACUUCAAGGCCAUCCACCCCGCCACGGUGUCGGUGGUGGACUUCUACGCCGACUGGUGCGGGCCAUGCAAGGCGGUGGCGCCGGGCUACGCCAAGCUGGCCGAGCAAUACAAAAACCAGGCGUCGUUCUACAAGGUCAACGUGGACAACAACCAGGGCGCAUCGUCGCACGCCGGAGUGUCUGCCAUGCCCACGUUUGGGGUGUUCAAGAGCGGCAAGCUUCUGGAGACGGUGCGGGGCGCCGAUCUAGGGGCCGUGGAGCGACUGAUCAAGAAACACGGCGCUGCGGCCAAACCCGUCUACGUGACCCAGGGCCAUGUGCUGGGCCAGAAACCCAUGUCCGCCCAGGCCACGUCGUCGAUUCGACACGUGAUCCAGGCCAUUCUCGCCUACUUUGUCUCACUGUUUUCGCUGCUGCCCCUGGAGAGCGCCACGAGCUUUGUCGAGGCUGCGCAGGCCCGACAGAAGGGUCGCGAGAUGCAGCGCCAGCGGGCUCCUCCCCGGGGGUUCGAUGGCUCGGAUCGUUUCUCUUUCAACAAGAAGGAGAGUCCGGCAAGCACCUGCAGUAGUUAG